GGUCGCGUCGAUAAUCGACUCGGAAAUGUAACCUCGACAGACGGACGAUUCGAGAAUUAAAAAAUGGCAGACAAAUUUUUAUUUCUCCUUUAUCCUAAUGAGGUUAAGGUAUCUUGUGGAUGACAACAAGGUAGACAAACACAUUUCACAAGUCAGCUGUUUGAGAUAAUGGGAUCGUGACAACACUGCUAAUCUUUGGCGUUCCAUGACAUCAUCUCUCAAAAUGGAUAUCACAUUCGAUGAUAGAUUAAGUGUCUUGCAACAAAUUAGCCAGAGAAAAUUUGUCGACGUAUUGGAUUCAAUCUCAGGAAAAAAAGAUCUGAUAAUAGAGCAGAAAUUAAUGAAACCCUUGGACUCGUUUAUUGGGGCCACAGUACUCAAGAGACAUGGAGUGGAUAAAAUAUUCAAAUUGGAGCCAGGGUUGAAGCCGACCAAUACCCAGAGAAUAUUUUUAACAUCUUGUGAUUUGAUAUCAUGUAAACGAGUAUUGGAUCAAAUUCAGUCUGAACUAUCUCAAGCACAUGGAAUAUCAUUUCACAUACUAGCGACUCCCAGGGUUCCCGCUGUAAUUCACUCCCUAAUAGAGGAGGAAGGUUUGUCCGACCUGGUAACGAUACGUCCAUUGACUUGGGAAGCGAUCCAAAUAGAUGGAAAUGUAUUGUCCCUGGAAACACCAAUGUUCUCUGAUUUGUAUUAUUACCGAGACAAUGGUCUCCUUCCAGGCCUCGCACGAAGUACUUGGUCCCUACAAAUGGUACUGGGAUGGCCAAAAAUAACUCUAACGUUUGGUAAAUAUAGUGAACAAUUAUUAAAAAUGGUAGAAGUCAUGCGAGAAAGUGCACGAUCACCAACACCACAAACCGAGGUAGGUGGAUUGAUAAUAAUGGACAGAAGUUACGAUUUUGUCUCAACACUACUCACACCAGUGUCUUACCUUGGUCUUUUGAGUGAAGUUACGACAAUAAAUGUGUCAACAGCUGUGGUGGACCAUAAUUCGAUAAAACUAGAUCCUCAAAGAGAUCAUGUAUAUGAAGAUAUUCGUGACAUCCAUUUCAGUGAUGUAUUUCCCAAGCUACGAGCUAUGGCUAAAUCGUUGAAAAGCGAGCAAGAGGCAACGAAGAAUAUGAAACUCGAGGAAAUGGGAAGAUAUGUAGCUACAAGACUGCAAAAAACAACGGAAAUGAAAAAACAGCUUGCUGCUCAUAUAUCAGGCUGUGAGACAAUUAUCGGUGCCCUAGGAUCUGAGUUCGAGAGUUUACAGAGCACGGAAAAGGCUAUUCUUGAGUCCAGUCGUAGGAAAGAAUGUUUGGAUUACAUUGAAAGAAAUGUUGAUGAAUAUCCAAUGAGAAGUUUAAGACUAUUGUGCUUAUUGUCAAUCACUGGUGAUGGAAUGACAUCGAAUGAACUUCAGACCAUCCAAAAAUCUUAUUUACAUGCACAUGGCUACGAACACAUUCCUCUGUUUCAUAAACUUGAAACUGCCGGUCUGUUACGAUGUCGAAAGGAAAAUUUGCUUAGAAAGUUGCCCAACUGGAGCCGGGAGUGGUCCACUCAUGCUCAAAAAAUUAAACUUUUACCAAAUCAGGGUAAACGAACUGAAACGAAAAGUGUUUGCCCUAGUUACGUGUUCAGUGGAGCUUACAUACCAGCUAUAGCACAAUUUUUGAGUAUCACAUUGGGACAAUCUACAGAUCCUAAAAGCUUCGAGGAACUUGUUAGCCUCCCGGAGUGCAAAGUGAGUUGUCCCCGAGCUGUCGUACAACCGAAAACGUUUAUAAUCUGUGUCAUUGGUGGUAUAACCUACGGCGAAAUAUCUGCCUGUCGUCUCAUUGAAAAAUCAAUGGGAAUCCGGCUUGUGAUGAUUUCUGAUUGUGUAUUAUCAGGCAAUAAAUUAAUUAAGAGUCUUCAAGAUGCCUAAUUUAGAGUAGAUAUUUUUGCAUCUUGACAAGUAUCAUAUUUUCAUGUAAAAAAAGUUACAAUGCCACAAUUGUAGAGAAAAUUUCUACUAUUUAAUUCAUGUUACUGAUCAAAGUACAAUAGUUAUGGAAUAUUGUUUGUAUAAAGUGACAAUUUUCUUUUUUUUU